UAGAACACGACGCAUUUUCAUUAGUAAGGGUAGCUUUUUUUUGCAUGUCAAUUUUUUGCAUUUCAAUUCUUUAAAAAUAUUAUACCUUAGAAAGGACAAAACUUAAUUAAAAUUUCGCACACGAAAUAUGGCAGGGAAAAACAAGACAUCAAUUGUAAUGACCCCUAACUUGAGAAUCGAGAACUAUGAACUAUACUUUGACAUGAACGCCCUUAUCGAAGCCAGCGACGCGGGCUGGCUUACCGUGCUGCCAUGCACUUUUGGAAAUGAUGGAUAUGGAAAUGACAAAACCAAUAUGUCUGUGCGCGUGGUCAUGAUGUCACAACGCCUCUUUAUGAACUUCACCCUCCCCGUCAAAUCAGCCAGUGGGAAAGCGCUUUUCAUGAAGUCGUACCACUGCAAUCUUCUAUCGCCUAAGGGUGAUCGCGUAUAUGCCGAUAUGGAAAAUUUUGAAACGCUUCAGCCUAUUGCCUUUGAGGGCAAAUUAAUGUACCGGGCCACAAAAGUGAUGUACCUACCGGUUCAGUGGAAUGAUGGCGUAGACGUAGCCGCGGUCAAAAUAAUUUGGAGCAUUCUUGUCGACUCGACAAGAAUCGACAAUGUCGAUACGGUGAUAAAUACAAACGGGAUCAAAAGGGGACAAUCUAUACUCAACGGUAUCACCGGAUUCCACGGGUCAAGUUCUUUAUCUGAUGUGACUAUUUCGUGUCAGAAUCAUGAAAUUAAGUCACACAGGUUAAUCCUAUCAUUAUUGAGUCCCGUUUUCAAGAAAAUGUUUGAAACCGUCUGCAAAGAAAAGAAUGAUGGGCGCGUUGUCAUUAAGGACAUGGAUUUUCCAAUUUUAGAAAUUUUGCUAAAAUGGAUCUACACGGGAGAAUUUGACACGUCUGGUGACAAUUUGACACGUCUGGUGACAAUUUGAUACAAGUCUUCAAAUCGGCGCAUCUCUACUGCAUCACAUCGCUGAAAGAUUUGUGUAUUUCUCUUCUUUUUGAAAAUGUUGGGUGUGACAAUGCCCUGGAAAUGUAUGCUUUGGGAGAUACUUAUGACGAAGAGGAGUUACGGGAGAAAGCUUAUAAAAUUAUAAAGGCGUGAGUCACGAAAUAAGCAUAAACUAUUUUAGAAAUGAGGAUUUUAUAGGUAUGAUUGUUUAUGUGCAGAAAUCGGGCUAAAGUAUUCAAGGAGAAAGAAGUAUUUAUGGAAUUUGUGGGGCGAUAUUCGGAUAUUGUGCAUAGAUUAUUUUUGGAGUAAAUAUAAAUAUGUAUGUAGUACCAUUUUUUGGAAAUUGCUAAUCCAUAAGUUAUGUCAAAUAAGUAUUAAUUCAAGAAUGCUUAAGUUUUUCUUUAGUGAAACAAAUACGAAGAAUUGAAAAGUUUUCCAUUUCCCUAAGCCUAAUCAAAUCAUUUUCAAAUGGAAGGAUAUAUGCGCUAAAGCGUUUAAACACGUACAUACCUAUAUAUAUUUCGUAUUUUUAUAAUUUCUAUCAUAGAGUCUUAUGACAAAACUGUCAUUUAUCAAAAACGAGUCAAUUUAAAAAGGGGGAGAUAUAUUUAUGUUCAUAAAUAAAUUAAAAUUGUUGUUUACAAAAAAUGUAACAGGUAUAAUUAUUUAGGAGACCAAUUCAAUAGAUAAUUCAAUAAUAACUGCGAUAAAUAUAAGCACAAGAGAAAACAGAAAGCUUUUACACAAUCGUCGUCAGAUUUCAAAAAUAUAAAUGUACAUAUGUAUUUAUGAAAAUUUUGCACAGUGUAUGUAUAAAUGGGCUUGAUUUCAGAAACGAAAAAAUUUAUAUGGUAAUGCUGGUGAAUAAUAACUUGACGAACGUUGUUUCCAAAAUCUCAUUGUAGCGAAAGGAUUAGUCUUAUUUUUAAAAUAUGUACGCAAUGUUGCAAUAAGUCGAACUAUUGUGUACAUAUGGGAGGCCUCGAGCCUCAUUACUGAUGUGAUCUUAUUGUAGACAAUUUCAACUCUGUCUCUUGAAAUUUUUCUACAAGACAAAAUAAAUGAAAGCGUGCAACGAAGA